CUCCCUCCCUUCAUCUCUCUCGCUCUCUGUCCGAGUGCCCUGACUCCUCCUCCAGCUCCAGCCUGGUGUCCUGUCAGCCAGCACUGCUCCUCUCCAUCAGACUUGUGUCUCAUCUAAACUCCAUCAUCUGUGAGUGUUACUCCUCAGCCACAGAGACCGCCGGCCUUUCACCUCACCGCAGAAUGCCUUUUGGAGGAGGAAACAAGUGCGGCUGCUGCCAGAAAACUGUCUACUUUGCUGAGGAAGUGCAAUGUGAGGGGAAGAGCUGGCACAAAUCCUGUUUUCUGUGCAUGGUCUGCAAGAAGAACCUGGACAGCACAACAGUGGCUGUCCAUGUGGAUGAGAUCUACUGCAAAUCAUGCUAUGGCAAGAAAUAUGGUCCAAAAGGCUAUGGUUUUGGUGGUGGAGCCGGCACUCUGAGCAUGGAUACAGGAGAAGGACUUGGAAUCAAGCCUGAAGCACAAGCACCCCAUCGCCCUACAAAUAACCCAAACGCCUCCAAGUUUGCCCAAAAAGUGGGAGGUUCGGAUGUGUGUCCACGAUGUGGCAAAGCAGUGUAUGCAGCAGAGAAGGUUAUUGGGGGUGGCAAUUCAUGGCAUAAAGGCUGCUUUCGCUGUGCUAAGUGUGGCAAGGGACUGGAGUCCACAACUCUCGCUGACAAGGAUGGAGAGAUCUACUGUAAAGGAUGCUAUGCAAAGAACUUUGGCCCCAAGGGCUUUGGGUUUGGUCAGGGUGCAGGAGCUCUGGCACACUCCCAGUAAAGCCUCAGGCCACCUGGGACUGACAUUUGCGCACUGAUACCAUCGGUUCCAGGACCCAUCAGUCAAUACCUAGCCUGCUCUCCCCUGUCCUUCUAGCUGAAGGCAGCGAGGCAUAAGCAUGCAGCUCACAGCUUUUUGUAGGUGUUCACCAAACAGACUUCACUCCAUAUAUUGCUUUAGAAUCUGGUAUGUUAGGUUUUAACGUUUAUGUGGUUAAAAUGCAUGUAAACCUUAAGACACACUAAUGGAACGCUGUGUUUCGAGCCACAUUUACUAAAUGUAUUUAUACUGAAUAGAUAACAGCCUUGUAAGUUGGCUUCAUUUUGAGAGCAAGUGAAUAAAAACAUAGUGAGUCAUACAAUGUGGCUCACACCCUGCGCUAACAUAACUCAAGUCUGGCAAAUGUUGAGUUUAAUUAAGGUCAGAAUCAGUCAGAGGCCAUGUGUGAGAACAAACUGAGAUCAUCAUGGUUCAUCAGUGACAGCUGUGAAAUACUGCCAAGGGAGGUUAUCUAUUGUUCACAUCAUACUUGAAAUGUUCAGAUGUUGUACAUAUUGUCUUACAACGUGCAUUAGAGUUGAGGCACCUAAUAAACAUCAGCCAAAAACAUUA